AGGAAGUUGGUCUCAGGGAAAAUAAAAUGUCUGGUGCAGGUACGGGAAGCGGGGAAGGAAGCGCGAAUGGCCUGAAUAUGCUGCUUUGGUUCCUGGUGUUGAUAUUCCUGGGCUUUUGGGUGGCUUCAUUCUGUGCAGGAUGGUACAUCCUUAUCUCACCAUGCACAGUAUGUGUGGAGGGAUUCACGCCUUUAUCUGAUACGCUCCUGAAAGGCGUAAAAUUGCCUCAUUUCUGUGCUACUCAUAUGAUGCAAGGCUCAAAUUUGGGUGAACUCGGCAACGCAUGCAAAUGAGCUUCCGGAUGAAAUUCAUUCUUCCACAAGUAAUUGAGGACGCACCAUGAAGAAGGACUCGCGAAAACUCAUAAUGUGGAAACGGCUGAACAACUCAUUGACUGAAUAAAAAAAUACAACGAUGUGUCAUUGGAUCCACUCAGGCAGUUUAUUUUAAAGAAUAUGAACUUCGGUUCCUUCAGCCCAAGUAUGAUGCAGCAAGUUGAUUCGAAUGAUGUGCUGAGUGUUCGUGAAAAUUUUCGUGGCGAAGUCAAUGAACGAAAUUUCGGGUGUUG